ACUGAAAUUGACAACUCUUACAUAAACGGCACACAGUACAGAAUGGUGGACCCAGCACACGGCGCUCUUGAUGAGAGCUACACACCAGAGGAUGACUCCCACGAAGCACAUUCUGUCUUUUCUGAAGAAGGCACCACACGCCGGCUAGAUAAUGGGAUGAAGAAACCCAUCUCACGCACAGUCCUUCCAAAUGAUUCCAUGUCCAUCAAUGGAGGCAUGUCAGUGUCUGGUAUGAGCGGUUACAGCGCCACACUGGACCGUCCGUACAGACAAGCGGGAGGGGACUACCCCACUGCCACAGUGCCAAGAAACUACCACUACGGCCCCGUAGGAGGUUAUGAUGACUACCGAGGAGGACCGCCAUCUGAGGCAUACACAAGCUUGAGCAGAGGCUCGCAUAUGGAUGAUCGUUACAGGCCAAUUGAUGGAUAUAGAACUCUGGAUUCUGGAUACCGGGCUCCGAGCCGCCAGCAGAUGGACCCCUACGCAGCACAGCCCCAGGUGGGCAGGGGAAUAAGGGCCAUGGGCUCGGCAAUGGACAUGCGAUACGGCCACGGACACUACGGUUUGGAAGAUGACCAGCGAAGUGCAGGCUAUGACGAGUACGGCAUGGGUCCUCCUCCCAUGCACCCUGGAGGUUACGACAUGCCGAGGCUGGGUCCUGGCCCUGGUGGUAUGGACAGGCGAAGACUCAGAAGCUGUGAAGAUACUCUGGAUGGUGAUAUGGGAGGAGUUGAUCCAUAUACUUGGGGGGUUCCCAUGACCCUCGACAGAGGGAGCAUGGCUUCAUUAGACAGCACCCUGAGGAAAGGUCCUCCCUCCUCAUGGAGACAACCGGAGCUGCCAGAGGUGAUCGCCAUGCUGAACUACCGCCUUGAUCCCGUCAAAAUCAACGCUGCCGCAUUCCUCCAGCACCUCACAUUUAAAAAUGAUAAGGUUAAGUCGGAGGUGCGGCGCCUUAAGGAUCCAGCCUUAGUGUCACUGCUGGACCACCCCAGCAAAGAUGUGCACCACUCGGCCUGCGGAGCUCUAAAGAAUAUUUCUUAUGGAAGAGAUUCAGACAAUAAGAUUGCUAUCAAGAACUGUGAUGGAGUGCCAGCGUUGAUCCGAUUAUUGAGAAAGACCCACGACCAGGACCUCACUGACACAAUCACAGGCACCCUGUGGAAUCUCUCAUCCCACGAUUCUGUGAAGAUGGAGAUCGUGGACCACGCCCUGCAUGCUCUGGCAGACGAGGUGAUAGUGCCGCACUCAGGCUGGGAGCGAGGCAGCAACAGCAGAGAAGAAAGCUGCAAACCACGGCAUCUGGAGUGGGAGACCGCCUUGACCAACACUGCUGGCUGCUUACGAAAUGUGAGUUCAGAGCGCAGCGAGGCAAGGAGGAAGCUGAGAGAGUGCACAGGAUUGGUGGAUUCGCUCAUGUACGUCGUGCAGUCCCAGAUCAGCCGCAAUGACGUGGACAAUAAGUUAGUGGAGAACUGCAUGUGCCUCUUAAGGAAUCUAUCCUAUCAGGUCCAUCGCGAGGUCCCCAGCUGUGAACGCUAUGCAGAGACCGCACCCAUUAACCAAGGCCCUUCGCCUGGCUCCAACAAGGGUGGCUGUUUUGGCUCCCGAAAAGGCAAAGAUGAGUGGUUUUCCAAAGGAAAGAAAGAUGGAGAUGACGGAAGUGCAGACCAAGUUGACAUUCCAAAGAGAACAGUACCUGCCAAAGGAUAUGAGCUGUUAUUCCAACCAGAGGUAGUUCGAAUUUACACGUCGCUGCUCAAAGAGAGCAAGAACCCUUCGGUGCUGGAAGCAGCUGCUGGGGCCAUCCAGAACCUAUGUGCGGGCCGAUGGACUUAUGGUCGUUACAUCCGAGCCACUGUGCGUCUGGAGAAGGGUCUUCCCAUGAUUGCUGAACUGUUGGGUCACGGAAAUGACCGUGUGGUGCGGGCCAUGUCUGGAGCCUUGAGGAACCUUGCCAUCGACAACAGGAAUUGCGAACUUCUCGGUUUGCAUGCCGUACCCCACCUUGUAGCGAACCUGCCUGGUGGCCAGAACCAGUCAAGUCGCAACCUGUCAGAGGAGACGGUGGUGUCUGUGCUCAGUACGCUGACUGAGGUGCUCGGCAGCAGCUUGGAGGCGGCGAAGACCCUCCGGGCCUCGCAAGGCAUCGAGAGGCUCGUCCUCAUUAAUAAAGAUGGUAAGCGGUCUGACCGUGAGGUCCGAGGGGCUGGCCAGGUGCUGCAGCUGGUGUGGGCCCACAAGGAGCUGCGUCGGCCACUGGAGAAAGAUGGCUGGAAGAAGACUGACUUCCAGGUCAACCUAAACCCCGGCACCACCAACGGCCCGAGCACUCGUGCCAACGGCACUUACGGGGACAGUACCACACCACUGCUGGACAGAGGAGAAAAACGAAACAUGAUUCCACUAAAUGACCUCGGCUCUGAGGCAUACUCAACACUGGACCAGAGGGAGCGGAGACACACUCUCGACGACACCACAGAGUCUCUACCGAGAGGGGUGUAUGGGGGAAGAAAGGGCUCCCUGCCUCUGUUGGACUCCUAUGAUGGUUAGCCCUCCCCCCUCUACCCCCCUCUGCAUGUAACAGCAUGAAAAACUGAUCGUGUGCAUCACCCAAACUGGGCCGUCCCUGCCUGACCAUUGCUACUGAGGAGGGAGGGUCCACAUGCGCCGCACGCCUUCCCUGUCGUGUCCCUUCCCCAAUCUCCUGUCAGACCAAUGAGGUCGGGAGACGACUGUUUGGCAUCCAAAGAACAUGUUUGUGUUGACAAAAACGACGCUGCGACACAAACACCUACAAGCCUGCUUUUUCUUUUCCCCCCUCUGUAUUUUUUUUAAUGUUAUGGUUAUCAAUUUACAGUAGCAACAAAAUUCUAGUCUGUGUUAAGUUAUAAAUCCUUAAAGGCAAUCAUCUAUGUUGACAAUCAUUUGAUUCCGGUGUCGUUCUGCUUUUGUACGUUUGCUAUUAGCAAUGUUGUGGUUAAAGUUAUUUGCUCCCGACGCCCGCAUUUUGACAAGGGCUUGUGUGUAGACUUCUGUGUAGGAUAUAUACUGUACAUAGAGAGAGAGAGACUGCGCACACGUUGGCUGGUUUAUUUAAAUGAUCCUUCACAGGGAUCGCUGGGAGGUCAGGAUACGGUAUGCAGAUGAGAGCAGGUUUGUGUUUAUUCCACAUACACCAAAUGUGUGCGUGAUUGUACGUUCAGGAGGGGACCUUAUGGACCUUGUUUCUUCCCCUCCCAGUGAGAUUUUGUAUGACCUGACCUAGACCAAUACCGUACUUUUGUUUGUUUUGUUCACAUGUCAGUUUUGGUAAUAUGUUCCCCUCCUAUUUUUCUUGGUUUUUUUUUUUUUUUUUUUUUUUUUGCAUCUGCCUCUUUGCUUUUGAUGUGUGGGGAAAAAAGAUCCAUUCCUGUAUGCUUUAGAUCCAAAAUCUGGCAUAAUGAUUGAAGGAUGUGAAGACCACUGAACCACUCAUAUUUAAUCGCUUAUUGGUAGAUAAGCAACUUAAGAUUCAAAUUCAUCUUUCAUUACCUAAAUGGUUUUAUUGGCUCUCAUUCCACGCAAUUUUGGUGCAUUACAUAAAUAUGCAAGGUUUAUUUGCUUUGAGGAGACUCAUUUGUGUACAGUUUGAGUUCUGUUUGAAUUUAGGCAGAUAAGAUGCAUAUUUCCUGUUGUCAUUUGUUUGUUUUCUAUUUUGUAUUCUACAUUUCUGUCCAUUUGUGAUUCAUCCACUAUUUUUGCAGUGGGUGAGUGAGAUCCGUAUGCAAUUUCUUUUCCACCCUUCCGUGUUACUUCCAGUUCUCCAGACAUGGUUUAUUUGUAAUGUUGCCUGUCCAUGUAAAAUUGUCACAUACCAUUCGUACCUGCCUUGACAAGUUGCUUUUUUCAAAAGUAUGUUACUGAUUAUACUGAUUUUUUGAUAAAUAAAGAUUGUUUCUUAGACAAUA